AUGGAGAGAGAACGACAGUACCUCCGCCCAAGGGUAGGAGGCACCGUGACCCCGACCUCCGAGCCCCGGUCCUCGGACCGGCCUGCUGAAUGGCCUCAGUGGGAGUCGGAACGGACACAAGAACAACAAGACAAGCGGGAGGAACAACAACAACAACAACCAGUGAAGUCGAUCUUGAGGAAGACCACCCGGCCUUCACUCAGGCCACGGCGGAACUCGGACACAUCCGUCACCUCUUCCAGCUUCAUCACCUCGGCAAGUGAAUCAGACUUGAGCCUUUCCCCACCCCCAACAUCACUGCCCGCGCCUACUACCGCGAGCGGGCUGCCGAGGAAGGUUCUCAAGGCCAAGUUCCCAGCAGUUCCCGUAGAGCGCCAAGGACUUGUGAGCCUGAGGUCGUCGAGGUCUUCCACGGGCCAUCUGCCUUCUGUUUACCAUGUUCCCCCAGUCCGCACCGUCUUGACUCCCCAAUAUCCACCACCACCACCACCAUCAUCACACUCCCAAGGCCGUCGUGGGUCCUACGACCACAGCGACCAUGACAGGCACUACAACACCACGACAGAUCCGGAAACGGAAUCAGUCACGUCUUCCGACCUGUCGUCCACAACAGAAGCCACCACCAUCAUCUCCUCGGCCCCGUCCGACUCGGGUUCCAGUGAUGUGACCCCAACCGAGGCCCACCCCCCCAAGACCACCCCAUCCGUCCGCUUCACGCCGAGCGUCAUCGGCUCCGAGAGCGUGGCCAGCUCUGUGCCGCCCCCCGUCCGCAAGGCCCGGCCAAGACUGACCUUCCGCCCCAGGCAGCCGUCCCCGGACACGGAGCGGACGGUGGUCAAGAGCGCCAGCCGGACGGCCCCUGUCCAGCUGCGGAUGUUGCCCCUCACGGCCGAGACGGCCGAGUCCCGGUACACCCGCGAGCUGGAACGGUACCAGGAGGAGAUGGAGCGCAGCCUGAUGCACCGGAUCGAGCAUCUCGAGGCGGAGCGGGAAGCGCUGCGUGACAGCGAGGCGAAACUGAGGCGGGAGGUUGAUGUCGUGGCCUCGCGUCUGUCCUCGCUGGAUCAGGAGAAGGCCGUUGUUGAGACCCAGCGGGACACGGAGCGCCGCAGCAGGGAAGAGGCGAUCCGCCUGCUGGAGCGGCAAAAGGCGGUGUUUGACGAGUUCCGCAGCAACUUCGACCUACAGAAGGCCAUGCUCGAGGAGGUGGAAAGGGAGCGGGAUGCUGAGCGGGCUAGCAAGGCGGACUUCAAAGCCAAGCUGGAGUCCACUAAGCAGGUGUUUGACGAGUACAAGUCUACCGUGGAGCUGCAGAAGAUGAUGAUUGAUGAGGUCGAGAAGGAGCUUGACGACACCAAGACGUCCAAGGACAAGACCGGGGUAGAGUUUGCCGGGCUGAAGAAGGAGUUUGAGAAGUUGCAGACUGACAGCAAGGAACGCGAGGCGCUUCUCGCCCACCAGAUCGCCGCCAUCGAAACGAGCCGGGACGCUUUGCAGGAGCAACGGGACAACAAGGACAAGGAGAUUGCCGCCUUGACUGCGGACCGCGAGAAGCUGCAGUCCAAGGUGGAUGCACUGGAUGCUCGCGUGACGACCUCGCAGGACGAGUUGAAGGCGGCCCACGAACAACAACAAAAGAUCAGGGACGCUGCGCAGGAGCGCCAACAGAAAACGGUGGACGAUGCCGAGAAGGCAAGGGAGGUCCUGCGGAAGGAGCUGGAACAGGAACAUGCCGACGCCAAGAACCGUGUUGUCGAGCUGGAGAAACAGAAGGGGGACCUCGAGACAGCAAAGGCAUCUGUUGAGCAGGUACGGGACCAUGUCCAGGUCAAGCUCCAGACUGCCGAGGGAGACAUCGCGACCCUCAACGCCGAAGUCGAGGUCUUCAAAGCUUCCACAGCAGCGCUCAACACCCGAAUCACCGCCCUUGAGGAGGAGCUCGCGGCAUCGAAAGCCGAAGCUGUCGACCUCAAGGCCCGGAUCGACGGGCUCGAGUCUGACAAGACCGGCCUGCAGCAGCAGAUCACAGACCUCACGGGCGAGAAGACCGAGCUGCAGGCCCAGCUCCAGACUCUGACCACGGACCUCGCCGGAGCCAAGGAUGCCAACAUCUCGCUCGCGAGCCAGAAGCUGGACCUCGGCGUCAGCAUGGCCGGAGUCACCGAUGCCCUGACGGCUGCCCAGGCCGAGAUAUCCGUGCUCAAGGGAGAGAAGGCCGCGGUGCAGUCCGAGGCGGACAAGAUUCCUGCCCUAGAGAGCGCCAAGGCGGAGCUCGCUGGGAAUGUGGUGGACUUGAAGGCGAAGAUCUCGGAGUUUGAGGGCAAGAUCGCUGAGCUACAAGCGAAGAUUGCUGUCCUCCAGACUGAAGCCGACAAGAUCCCCGGCAUCUCCGACGAGAAGACCGCGGCCGAGAGCAGGAUCUCCGACCUCGAGAAGGAGACGGUGUCUCUGCAGGCCAAGAUCGCGGAAGCCGAGAGCGAAGCGGCGAAACUUGCACCUCUUGAAGCGGCCAAAUCGGCCCUCGAGGGCAACAUCUCCGCGCUCCAGGCCCAGGUUGCCCAACUGCACGGUGAACUCUCCCGAGACCCGGACGCUACGGCAGCCACGCUCCGCGCUGAGGUCGACGCCAAGGGCCAGGAAAUCACCCGGCGCGUUGACCAGAUCAACACCUUGACCGCCAGCAACACGGCCCUUUCUGCCCAGCUCGGCGCGUCACAACAGCAGGUCGCCACCCUCCAGCAAACCCUCAACACCGUGACCCAGUCCCACAACGCCGCAACGGUCCAAGCCGCCGACCUCCAGGCCCGCCUCGACCAACUGACUUCCUCACUCCCCACGCUAAACCCGACUUCGACGCCCUCGGCCCCCUCCUCCCGCCGCGCCAGCCGAUCCCGGAACUCAUCGCCACAGAAGAAGCGAGAGCGCGACAGCAGCAGCGGCGGUGGCGGCGGCGGUGGGAGCAAGAAGGACAAGCACCUCGUGCUCGUGCGGAACCCCGCCGACAGGGGAGGAGCUCUGUCAGUCAUGCUCCAGAUUGCAGCCGCAAUCUGA